CGUUGUCAGGACGAAGCUCUUUUGAUCAGUCGCGACUUCUGAAAGGUCGGCUGAUAAGCCAAUCAACUUGCGCUUUUUCAACUUGACCUCAAAGCUUCAUACUGCAUCCAACCUCCAAAACACUCAUUUACGGGCUUUGCGAACCCAGUAUCUUCUCACAACAUAUCUCGAAAUGGCUGCACGUAAUCCUAGGUAUGCUCUCAUGCUGGUAGAUUAUCUUACCUUUAUCUAGUGCUAACCAUGAUCGCAGAUUUAACCAGCAGGUCUUGAUUGACACCACCCCAUUACCUGCGGAAAUUCCCCCCGUCACAGAAAUUGGUAGCAGUUCGGCGCCAUUAUUGUCCGCGAGUUUCUUUAUCGGUGCGAGAUGCAGACCCUACAAUGAUGAUUUCAUGCAAUGCAAGAACGACAAUCCUGGAAAGGGUGAGAUUGAUUGUUUGAAGGAGGGCCGAAGAGUUACUAGAUGUGCGAGGAGCGUGUAAGUGCUACUCCUUCAUGAGGUUGCAGAUGCGGAUUGUUGUAUAUCGAUGAAUAGAUAAGGGCGCUGGGUCGAACUAUGGCCCUCUGUUCGACUGUAGCCUAUUGAACUGUAGGCUAAUGGCCUAUACAGGAUUGAGGAUGUGAACAAACACUGUCUUCAGGAGUUCCGGAAACACUGGUAAUAUAAACUCUCACUAUGCCAAUGUAUGACGAGAUUGGCCUUGGUUAAUAGCGUUAUAGGGGAUGCCUCGACAACAAUAACCAACAACUAUGGCAAUGUCGACCACAAGAGUGGAAACUUAACAAAUGUGUCUUUGACAAUCUGGUAUGACAUUCCUUUACACCUAUGAUGAAGAGCAGCUACUAACUAUAUGUGAUGCACAAUAGAAACUUGAGAAGGUUAUUCCAGAUGCCCCAGCAGGCGAAACACCUGUGCACCAACGUAAAAGACAAAUCUACUCACACUAUGGCUCAUGAAAUAUUCAUGUUGAUAUCGUGGUUCGGUGGAGGUAUGGCACUAUUAGGGAAUAUAUGUACAUAUGAUAGAAGAAUGGACGACAACCUCAAUGUGUUUUAUUUCCCCUUCAAUUUUAGU